AUGGGAACCGAAGGUGUAUGGAAUACUUAUGGCCUAAAUCAGGAUGAAUAUGAUCGAAAAUUUCAAUACAGGUCAAAGUCAGCGAUGAAACAUCGGUUGAAAAAAGUAACAAAUCGGACAUUUGCGCCAUGCUCAAAUCCAAUUAAUUUAUGGCAAUGGUUUACAAAUUUCGUACCAAUUUUGCAAUGGUUACCAAAUUAUCAAUGGAAAAAUGAUAUGAUCCAUGAUAUUAUCGGUGGUUUAACAAUUGGUAUAAUGCAUGUACCGCAAGGUAUAGCAUAUGCAGUGUUAGCAGGUGUUGAUCCGGUAUACGGCUUAUAUUCAUCCUUUUUUCCGGUCUUUUUUUAUAUGUUUUUUGGAACAUCAAAACAUGCAUCAGUUGGAUCAUUUGCUGUGACAGCAAUUAUGUCUGCACUAGCAAGCAAUGAAAUUAUGCUUCAUCGAUCACAAACAGAUGAUAUCAUUAUCAUUGAUAAUGAUAACAACACAUUAUCAUCACUAACCCAUAUUGAAAUCACUACAACACUUGCAUUUACAACUGGAAUUAUUGAAUUAAUGGCGGGUAUUUUACAAUUGGAAUUUGUUACUGCUUAUUUCUCAGAUCAACUGGUUUCCGGUUUUAUUACCGGUUCUACUGUACAUGUUAUUAUUGCUCAAAUAGAUGAUUUCUUUGGAAUUAACGUACCAAAAUUUAGUGGAAUAGGAUAUCUUUUUAAGCGAAUUUAUAGUAUUUUAAUACAUAUCCCAGAAACUAACUUUUAUACAGUUGGAUUAUCAAUUUUUGGUAUAAUUUUCCUUUAUUUGGGUAAAACUCUUAUGACACCAUUUUUAAACAAAUGUUUACAAUUUAAUUUACCUAUACCUUAUGAAUUACUUUUGAUAGUAAUAUCAAUUAUUAUUUCACAUUAUAUGAAUUUGCAUACAUAUCACAGUGUACCAAUUGUUGGUAAAAUUCCUACAGCCUUACCUAAGCCAAGAUUGCCUCGUUUUGAUAUUGUUAUUGAUUGUUUUCCAUAUGCUAUUGGUAUUGCUGCUGUUACCGUUGCUAUUCAUAUAUCAAUGGCUAAAAUGUUAGCUAAACGUAUGAAAUAUCACAUUGAUUCUAAACAGGAGUUAUAUGCAUUAGGUUUUACAACAGUUCUCAGUAGUUUCUUUCCAAUUUAUCCGAUUGCUACUGCAUUAGCUCGAACAAUGGUCGGUGUUGAAGUUGGCAUAAGAACACAGUUUUCUGCUAUAUCAAGUUGUUUAUUAUUAUUGGCCGUUAUUCUAGUGCUUGCACCACUACUAAAUGCAUUACCAAUGUGUAUAUUGACUGUUAUUAUCGUUAUGUCGCUUCGUUCAAUGUUUCAAAAAUUUUCCGAAUUGCCAAAAAUUUGGCCUAUUUCUAAAAUUGAUUUCUUUAUUUGGAUUGUAGCAUUUAUAACAACCGUAGCACUAGACGUUAUGAUUGGUUUGAUAAUUUCAGUAAUAUUUGCUAUAAUGACACUUAUUGUUCGUUCACAGUGGCCUCGCUGGGAAAGAUUGGUACAAUUAUCACCGUCUCAGCCAUACUUUGAUAAUCCAAAACGUUACCUUGCAGCAGCAAAUAAUCCUAAUAUUCGUUUAUUUCGUUUCGAAUCACCGUUACUAUUUAAUAAUGUGGAAUGUUUUAAAUUAGGCAUUUAUAAUGCGAUAACUGAUUGGAAGACUAAAACUGAUAUAAAUAAUGAUUCGGUAAAUGCGAAUAAUUUGGAAAAUUUAAAUCAACGCUAUGUUAUUCUUGAUUGUUCCGGUAUAUCCUAUAUUGAUUGUAUGGGAUUAAAUAUUUUAAAAGAGGUUGCUGAUGAGCUAAAAAGUGAAAAUAUUAUCAUACACUUUAGUGCUUGCAACACUAGUGUUCGUGAUUCGUUAGCAGUAGCAAAAUUUUUUAAAACUAUACCAAAGCAUUGUUUUUUCCCAACAGUAGAUGAUGCUAUCGCAGUGAUAAGUCAUUUCCGGAGAACAAAUCAAUGUAAAAUUUCUCCUACUACAAAAGCAUUGAAUCAUAAUGAUAAUAAUAUAAUGCAACUACGAAUUGAUUCUGAUAUGAUAAUAGCUUCUGAUACUGCAACUUUAUCAGAAAAAUUUUGA